AUGUACUCAAGCAUUCGACUCGGUAUGGUCUGGCUUCUGCCGUUUCUGGCCCCGACCUGCUCUGGCAGCUUUGUGGCUCGAAGACAGGGAGUGCCGGCGGCUCCAGCAGUGACUGCGCCUCCGCGGUUCGAUGCCGGCGUCGUGGUUCGGCGACAGGCCGAAGACAUUACCGCCAUCUCCGACUGCCAUGCACAUGGAACCGAAGUCUGGUGCAUGGCCGGGACGACAGAGUAUCAAGUUGUGGUCGAGGCUACCGCAACAUCGGAAUUGCCUGCUUCUUACACGGGCUGCCACUCUCAUGGAUCUGGCCUGUACUGCAUGGAUGCCGCUGGGGAUGAUGUCGAGGUCCUCACUGAGACGACAAGUGAUGCGGCGUCGACUGACUCUACCGACUCUACCGAGACUUCCGAUUCGACUGAAGAACUAGACUGUCAUUUUCAUGCAGGAGUUGAACACUGCGUCGGCGCCGAGGGAGAGAACGGGUCUUCUACUACCGAGUGCGCGCGACAGUCGCGGGACUACAAUAUUCCUUUGAGGAUUGGACUGCUUUUCGUAAUAUUAGUCACGAGCUUCAUUGGCGUCGCCGGCCCAAUUUUCAUCAAGCCAGUCCUGUCCAAGAAGUUUGAUAUCGUUUUCAUCAUACUGAAACAAUUUGGAACUGGUGUCAUCAUCUCGACCGCCUUUGUGCACCUCUACACUCAUGCUAGCCUCAUGUUCACCAAUGAAUGCUUGACCGGCAUCGAGUAUGAGUCGACAACAUCUGCCAUCGUCAUGGCUGGGCUCUUCCUUUCCUUCGUGGUUGACUUUGUAUCACACCGGAUCGCCUCGGGAGCGCAGACCAAGUUACACGAGUUUGGCUCUCACGAUCGAGACAAUAUCGUCCAGGUGCUUAUUCUCGAAGCCGGAAUCAUUUUUCAUUCUAUUCUGAUCGGCCUUACCCUGGUGGUCGCUGGAGACAGCUAUUUCAUUACGCUAUUCAUCGUCAUCUUGUUUCACCAAAUGUUCGAGGGUAUUGCACUAGGCACACGUAUCGCCUCCGUUGGGCGGCUCGCGCAUCUCGACUCGUGCCACGCCCCUCCGGUCAGCCCCGCCGGUUCUCACGACAAGACCACGACCCCGAUCGAGAUCCCAAUGACAGCGACCCCAUCGCCGAACCUCCAGCCGUUGUCCAUGGUGCAAAAACUUCUCAUGGCCGCCGCCUUUUCCAUUGUGACUCCCAUUGGUAUGGCCAUUGGCAUCGGGGUGCUGCAGCACUUCAACGGCAAUGACCCGUCUACUCUGAUUGCCCUGGGCACCUUAGAUGCGCUGUCCGCCGGUAUUCUGGUCUGGGUAGGUCUGGUGGAGAUGUGGGCGCGCGACUGGAUGCUGGCGGGCGAGAUGGUCCAUGCAGGUUUAUGGGUUACCCUCUCCGGAGGUAUCUCUCUAGUCGCGGGAAUGGCUCUAAUGAGUUUCUUGGGUAAAUGGGCAUAA